CUCAAGACGAAUACUUGCUCUAUGCCUUUCGAGAUAGGAUUAAAGAUAUUGAUUUACAAAAUUCAGCCCCAAGAAGCAGCUCUUUCAUGGCAAUAUUUGAUCGGAGAAAAGCUUUGCUAGAUUUUGAUUACAACCGUAAAACUAAUUAUGUAUAUUACAUUUCAGAACGUUCAUCGCAACAAACAAUUACUCAGAUCACAACAAGUGGUCUAAACAAGACCUCUUGGCCAGCAGAACUAUUUUUAGGCAAACCAAAUUCACUUGCAAUUGAUUGGAUUUCAAGGAAUUUGUUCUGGAGCAGCACAGAUUCGAAGAGCAUACAUGUUAUGAAGAUGAAUAGUAACUUUACUAUUCACAAAAUUAUUUUAGGAAACUCCGGGAAACAAACAGAUGUUUCCUUUCCAACAUCUCUCUGCCUGGAUCCAAGCAAAGGAUUACUUUACUGGACAGACAAAGGAAGUUACGAUAUUCCUGUUAAAAUUGGUGCUGUUAAAAUGGAUGGUUCUGACCCACAGAUACUUGUUAAGGAUAAUAUGCAAACACCAGGUUUCCUCACAAAAGAUCCAAAUGACCCGAUUUUAUAUUGGUCCGAUGGCCAGCUUGGUAAG